GUUCGGGGCCCUUACGUUUAAGGGUCCCGAAUUUUUUUUUUGAAUUUAAGAUGCUCUGUGGUGCGAUCUGAGGCAAGUUUCUGACCACGUUUACCCAAUUUUUUUGGAGGAAAAGAUGGAAGUGUUCACAUUGCCUGCCUUUAUGUUGAGACAAAAUGGAUUUUUUUGUUGGGGGGGGGGGGGGAUUCGUCCUUGGCCCACUGAGCCUCACUGACAGCAGGGCUUUGUUACAUUAUUUAAAAUAUGACCUUGCAAAUGUUGAAGUGAAUAGUUUUUGUUAGCACUCAAACACACACACUAUUUGCACGUACGCAUAAUAUGCUUCCAGUUAAGCGAGUUUGAAAGAGCUGUGACCAUACUAUUUUUUACGGCAGAUUUUUUAGAACGCGCCUGUGUUGCCAGUGCAAUGUCUGAUAUGGAAAAUCCUGUCAGGGUGAUUGUGUGGGCCACUCCCAGGACCCGCUCCUCUAUUCUUUUGAAGAGCUUAAGUAACCUUCCGGACUCCCAGGCGAUCUUCGAGAUCUACACCACGGCCUACUACAAUGGGCCAGAGAGAGUUGAUGUCCGCUUUGAGGAACAAGUGAGCGCAGGUGAGGAGGCGAGCGAGGAUGGGCUAUUCAAAGGUCACAGGUCAGGGUUCCCAAGUUCACUUUGCAGCUACGACUGGGCAAGACGACAACUGGAAGCUGACUACCCGGGAAAGGCGGUGAUUGUGGCAAAGGAGUUAGCUCCCUGGCUCCGUGGCAGGUACAAGGACAUCCCGAGGGGAUACCGACACGUGUUCUUGAUCAGGCACCCGACCGAGAUGUUCCCGUCCUGGAAGAAGCUCAACCGGGAGUUUCUAGAGCUACAGAGGGGUGUCAAAGUGGACAUGGAGGAUUUCGAUCUGGAUCAGCUGACCCCUGAUGUCCUGCCUCCAGGUCUAACCUACAAGGAGAUCUUUGACUUGUGGCAGUAUGUCCGAGACAGCAACUUGGACCCAGACCCUGUUAUCGUGGAUUCGGAUGACCUUGUCUGCAACCCAGCUCGGGUACUAUCGUCUCUUUGCGAGCAUCUGGGGAUACCCUACACCGACUCCCUUCUGUCAUGGCAGCAAGGCACAGAGUGUGUCAAGGACUGGCUUGCCGGCUCACUUGUCAAACAGGUCCUAGAAACCAUGGCCCAUUUCCAAAACUUUCGAGAAAGCACGUGCUUCCUGAAACCAGAGACUGUAGGUAAAGUUUCAAAUGUUGCAUCCCUCUCCCCAGAUCUGCAGCGAUGUAUCAACUUCAGCAUGCCUUACUACGCCACGAUGUACGAACAGCGUCUAAAGUACUGAUCAUAACCUCCAAUUAUUUAAACUUCUGAGGAGGGAUUUUUUUCAUAACCCAUUUAUGAACAAUUUUAUUGUUUUCUCCUCAAAAGUUUACUUGCAAUCGUAUUUGAGAAUAAUAUAAGUUAAGCUUCAAUAAUACGUCCAUUUAUUAUUCUGUAUUUUGUAUUCUGUAUUUUCGAGACUGAUGUUAUAAAAUUAACUUCACUUGGACUCUCGUACAGUGCAAUGAAAGUGAUGGAACAUUCCAUUAUUUUUACCAUUGCACUUAUAAACAUUCAUUGUUUGUAU